AUGCAAAUGGAAGCUAGGGUUGGCGUGGCCGUGGACGGUGGCGGUGUACGGAAAUUGGUGCAGCAGCCGCCGAAGCAGAUUGGAGCUGUUUCGCAGCUUCUCGCCGGCGGAGUCGCUGGCGCGUUAAGCAAGACCUGUACGGCGCCGCUUGCGAGACUCACCAUCCUCUUUCAGGUCCAGGGAAUGCAUUCCAACGUUGCGACUUUGAGAAAGGCCAGUAUAUGGAAUGAGGCUUCACGGAUUAUCCAUGAAGAGGGGUUUAGGGCUUUCUGGAAAGGGAAUCUGGUGACUAUUGCUCACCGGUUACCUUAUUCUUCGGUUAACUUUUAUUCGUACGAGCACUACAAGAAGUUGCUAAAGAUGAUUCCGGGAAUUCAAAGUCAUAGCGAUAAUGUUAGUGCAGACCUUUGCGUGCAUUUUGUUGGCGGUGGCAUGGCAGGAAUCACUGCUGCUACAUCUACUUAUCCCUUGGAUCUUGUAAGAACGCGGUUGGCUGCACAGACAAACUUUAACUACUACAGAGGUAUAUGGCACGCUUUACACACAAUUAGCAAGGAAGAGGGAUUAUUUGGCCUUUAUAAGGGACUCGGAACUACACUCUUGACUGUAGGGCCAAGUAUAGCCAUCAGCUUCUCUGUGUAUGAAACGUUGAGAUCUUUUUGGCAGUCAAAUAGAUCCAAUGAUUCGCCUGUUGCUGUUAGUCUGGCAUGCGGCAGUCUUUCAGGCAUUGCAUCAUCAACAGUAACUUUUCCCUUGGAUCUUGUGAGGCGGAGGAAGCAACUUGAGGGGGCUGGUGGGCGAGCCCGUGUGUAUACAACAGGCCUCUAUGGUGUGCUUAGGCACAUAAUCCAGACAGAAGGCGUGCGUGGUCUUUACCGAGGAAUUUUGCCUGAAUAUUACAAGGUGGUGCCAGGUGUAGGUAUAUGUUUUAUGACUUAUGAGACGUUGAAGAUGAUUUUAUCAGAUAUCGCUACUGGAUAA